CGCGGCAGUGCCUCCUCCGCGCGGCCCUCUGCUGUCCGCGGCGGGCCGGGCUCGGGCGAGCGGCCGGCGCGGAGAUGGCCUGGCGGCUGGGCCGGCUGGGCGCGCGCCCCUGGUGGCGCGCGGCGCGGGGCGGCGGGGAGCUGGGCGCGUGGUGCCGGCGCGGCGCGGGGGGCCCCCGCGGGCUCGGGCACGGCGCGGCGGCGGGGGGCGGCCCCUGGCUGGGGCCCGGGCUGGCCGCGGCCUUGGCCGGGCUGGCGGGGCUGGCGGCCGCCGCCUUCGGGCACGUGGAGCGGGCGAGGAUGGUGGCCAAGAGCGCGGGGACGCGGGGGCGGCCGGAGGAGGAGGAGGACGAGCUGGCCUGCCGCUGCCGCUCCCUCAUGGCCCCGCCGGUGACCGACCUGCGCGAGCUGCGCGGGAGGCCGGGCGACAUGAAGACCAAGAUGGAGCUGCUGAUCCUGGAGACCCAGGCCCAGGUGUGCCAGGCGCUGGCGCAGGUGGACGGCGGCGCCCGCUUCUCCGUGGACCGCUGGGAGCGGAAGGAAGGGGGUGGUGGCAUAAGCUGUGUGCUUCAGGAUGGACAUGUGUUUGAAAAGGCUGGAGUGAGCGUUUCUGUCGUUCAUGGAAAUCUUUCUGAGGAAGCAGCCAAACAAAUGAGAAGCAGAGGAAAAAACCUGAAGACUAAAGAUGGGAAGUUGCCGUUUUCUGCUAUGGGCGUGAGCUCCGUUAUCCACCCCAAGAAUCCGCAUGCUCCUACCAUCCAUUUCAACUACAGAUACUUUGAAGUAGAAGAAGCCGAUGGUAACAAGCAGUGGUGGUUUGGUGGUGGCUGUGACCUGACUCCAACAUACUUGAACCAGGAGGAUGCUGUCCACUUUCACAAAACUCUAAAGGAGGCUUGUGACCGGCAUGGUCCAGAUCUCUACCCCAAAUUUAAAAAAUGGUGUGACGAGUACUUUUUUAUAGCCCACCGUGGGGAGCGGAGGGGCAUCGGGGGCAUCUUUUUUGAUGACCUUGACUCUCCAUCCAAGGAGGAGGUCUUUCGCUUUGUGCAGAGCUGCACGCAGGCGGUGAUUCCUUCUUACGUCCCCCUCGUGAUGAAGCACCGAGAUGAUGCGUUCACGCCCCAGGAGAAGCUGUGGCAGCAGCUCCGGAGAGGACGGUAUGUAGAAUUUAACCUGCUGUAUGAUCGGGGCACCAAGUUUGGCCUCUUCACUCCGGGAUCCAGGAUUGAAAGCAUCUUGAUGUCUUUACCUCUAACUGCCCGGUGGGAGUACAUGCAUUCACCCUCGGAGAACUCGAAAGAAGCUGAAAUUCUGGAAGUUCUGCGCCAUCCGAGGGACUGGGUGCAUUGAUGUAGGCAGAGUGGCCUUCCUGGGGCUUGGAGGACACAGAGUGUGGGAUCCAUUCCACCGGCCGGCACUGAUGCCACUGUGUGGCAGUUAGUUACCUGUGCCCCAGAGCCCCAGUUGUCUCCACUCCUGGCUCGACCUCCUGGGCAGGUGGUAAAAUGUGAUUUAAGCAUCACAGGUUUCCACUGGAUGCUGUUGGUAACAGGUGGUGAGACGGCAGCUUUCAGAGUCUGUUAGUUGAUAGAAAACUCAUUUAUACUUUUAGAAUCAUUUUAUAUGACUGGUUUACAAAAUAUGACUGAGUUUCGAAGUGUUGUCU